AUGGAGGCACCGGUCCGUGAUGCUGACAUUCCGGCCGCAGGGUCCAUCUGCAGUUUGGCACGGCCCAGCUGAAGGGCUGUCUGUGUGGUGCAGUACAGGGUGCACUGAGAGCACCACACACCCACAUACUGCAUUCAUCUGCUUACACUCCCCUGUCACACUUAAUUCUCACUCCGCACCGGUAAGUCAAGGCCCCGCUGACAGCCAGGGAGUUCCCAGAUUGCGGCAUCGCUUCACAUUUCCUGCAUGAUCUAAACACAUUAUGGGUUUUUCCUGAACUGUCCCUUUUCAAAAUUGCUCCCUGGCAUCUGAAUGAGGUUUAAUGUUCAGGUGGUGCAACACACUCUAAUGCAGGAUGUUUCAGGCGGUACAGCCCAUAGGGGAGUGUUAUAGGAGCACAUGAUCAAUAUGCACCUUAGAUGGAAUGCCAGUCCAUCACAGGGUGCAUGCAAUCACAAACUAAGGACCUUUGAAGGACACUGCUUAAUGUAAUCAAACGCCUCUACACCGGGGGAGGAAAUCUAAUAAUCUUAUAAACAUGGGAGAACAUGCAAACUCAACAUGCAAGGCUAUGGGGCAAACACGCAAACUCAACAUGCAAGGCUAUGGGGCAAACACGCAAACUCAACAUGCAAGGCUAUGGGGCAAACACGCAAACUCAACAUACAAGGUUAUGGGGCAAACACGCAAACUCAACAUGCAAGGCUAUGGUGCAAAGACGCGAACUCAACAUGCAAGGCUAUGGUGCAAAGACGCGAACUCAACAUGCAAGGCUAUGGGGCAAACACGCGAACUCAACAUGCAAGGCUAUGGGGCAAACACACGAGCUCAACAUGCAAGGCUAUGGUGCAAACACGCGAACUCAACAUGCAAGGCUAUGGUGCAAACACGCAAACUCAACAUGCAAGGCUAUGGUGCAAACACGCAAACUCAACAUGCAAGGCUAUGGUGCAAACACGCGAACUCAACAUGCAAGGCUAUGGUGCAAACACGCAAGCUCAACAUGCAAGGCUAUGGUGCAAACACGCAAACUCAACAUGCAAGGUUAUGGGGCAAACACGCAAACUCAACAUGCAAGGCUAUGGGGCAAACACGCGAACUCAACAUGCAAGGCUAUGGGGCAAACACGCGAACUCAACAUGCAAGGCUAUGGUGCAAACACGCAAGCUCAACAUGCAAGGCUAUGGUGCAAACACGCAAACUCAACAUGCAAGGUUAUGGGGCAAACACGCAAACUCAACAUGCAAGGCUAUGGGGCAAACACGCGAACUCAACAUGCAAGGCUAUGGGGCAAACACGCAAACUCAACAUGCAAGGCUAUGGGGCAAACACACAAACUCAACAUGCAAGGCUAUGGGGCAAACACGCGAACUCAACAUGCAAGGCUGUGGGGCAAACACGCGAACUCAACAUACAAGGUUGUGGGGCAAACACGCGAACUCAACAUGCAAGGUUAUGGGGCAAACACGCAAACUCAACAUGCAAGGCUAUGGGGCAAACACGCGAACUCAACAUGCAAGGCUAUGGGGCAAACACGCGAACUCAACAUGCAAGGCUAUGGGGCAAACACGCAAACACAACAUGCAAGGCUAUGGGGCAAACACGCGAACUCAACAUGCAAGGCUAUGGGGCAAACACGCGAACUCAACAUGCAAGGCUAUGGGGCAAACACGCGAACUCAACAUGCAAGGCUAUG